UCGGGCACUGAGGACCACUUGUGCCAGGAGAGGGGGCGGGCCCGGCGGGGCGGGGGCGUAGCCGCCUCCGCCCCGCCCUCGGCCGCCUCUGAAACGCGGUGCGGAUAACGCCAGCGGGAGAGGCAACCGCUCCAGUAGUUCCGCUCCGAGAGCGGAAGUGCGCGCCCAGGUCUCGGCCGCGGCCCAGCUAGCAGCAAUGGUAGCGCCGGUGCUGGAGAUAGCUCACGUGUUUUGCUGCCCAAACCGGGUGCGGGGAGCCCUGAGCUGGAGCUCCGGGCCCGGAGGACUUUUGGCCUUCGGCACGUCCUGUUCCGUGGUGCUGUAUGACCCUCAGAAAAGAGUUGUUAUUACCAACCUGAAUGGUCACACUGCUCGAGUCAAUUGCAUACAGUGGAUUUGUAAACAAGAUGGUUCUUCUUCUACAGAAUUAGUUUCUGGAGGAUCUGAUAAUCAAGUGAUUCACUGGGAAAUAGAGAAUGAUCAGCUUUUAAAAGCAGUCCAUCUCCAAGGCCAUGAAGGACCUGUUUAUGCAGUGCAUGCUCUUUACCAGAGGAGGGCAUCAGAUGUUGGAUUACAUACACUGAUAGUUUCUGCAGCUUCCGAUUCCACUGUUCGAAUCUGGUCUAAAAAGGGUGCAGAAGUAACGUGCAUUCAGACCUUGAACUUUGGAAAUGGAUUCACUCUGGCUCUCUGCUUAUCUUAUUUGCCUAAUACUGAUGUACCAAUAUUAGCAUGUGGCGAUGAUGACUGCAAAAUUCAUUUAUUCGUUCAGCGAGAUGACCAGUUUCAGAAAGUGCUUUUUCUCUGUGGACAUGAAGAUUGGAUAAGAGGCGUGGAAUGGGCAACCUUUGGUAGAGAUCUUUUCCUAGCAAGCUGUUCACAAGAUUGCCUGAUACGAAUAUGGAAGCUGUAUAUAAAAUCAACAUCUUCAGAAACUCAGGAUGAUGAUAAUAUAAAACUGAAGGAAAAUACUUUUACAAUAGAAAAUGAAAGUACUAAGAUAGCGUGUGCAGUUACUCUGGAGACUGUGCUGGCUGGUCAUGAGAACUGGGUAAAUGCAGUUCACUGGCAGCCUUCAUUCUACAAAGAUGGUGUUCUUCAGCAGCCAAUGAGAUUAUUGUCCGCCUCCAUGGAUAAAACCAUGAUCCUCUGGGCUCCAGAUGAAGAGUCAGGAGUUUGGCUAGAACAGGUUCGAGUAGGUGAAGUAGGUGGAAAUACUCUGGGAUUUUAUGAUUGCCAGUUCAAUGAAGAUGGCUCCAUGAUCAUCGCUCAUGCUUUCCAUGGAGCAUUGCACCUUUGGAAACAGAAUGCAGCGAACCCAAGAGAGUGGACCCCAGAGAUUGUUAUUUCAGGACACUUUGAUGGUGUCCAAGACCUAAUGUGGGAUCCAGAAGGAGAGUUUAUCAUCACUGUUGGUACUGACCAGACAACUCGACUGUUUGCUCCGUGGAAGAGAAAAGACCAAUCCCAGGUGACUUGGCAUGAAAUUGCCAGGCCUCAGAUACAUGGAUAUGACCUGAAAUGUUUGGCAAUGAUUAGUCGGUUUCAGUUUGUAUCUGGAGCAGAUGAAAAAGUUCUUCGAGUAUUUUCUGCACCUCGAAAUUUUGUGGAAAAUUUUUGUGCCAUUACGGGCCAGUCACUGAAUCUUGUGCUUUGUAAUCAAGAUGGUGAUCUUCCAGAAGGAGCUACUGUCCCUGCUUUGGGGUUAUCAAAUAAAGCUGUCUUUCAGGGAGAUAUAGCUUCUCAGCCUUCUAAUGAAGAAGAACUAUUAACUGGUACUAGUUUCGAUUAUCAGCCAGUGGCCUUUCACCCCUCCAUACUUACUGAACCGCCCACUGAGGACCAUCUUCUGCAGAAUACUCUGUGGCCUGAAGUUCAAAAACUAUAUGGACAUGGUUAUGAAAUAUUUUGUGUUGCUUGUAGCAAUUCAAAGGCUCUGCUUGCCUCAGCAUGUAAGGCAGCUAAGAAAGAACAUGCAGCCAUCAUUCUUUGGAACACUACAUCUUGGAAACAGGUGCAGAAUUUAGUUUUUCACAGUUUGACUGUCACGCAGAUGGCCUUCUCACCUAAUGACAAGUUCUUACUAGCUGUUUCCAGAGAUCGAACAUGGUCACUGUGGAAAAAGCAGGACACAGUCUCACCGGAGUUAGACCCAGUUUUCAGCCUCUUCGCCUUCACCAACAAGGUAACUGCUGUGCACAGUAGAAUUAUUUGGUCUUGUGAUUGGAGUCCCGAUAGCAAGUAUUUCUUCACUGGGAGUCGUGACAAAAAGGUGGUUGUGUGGGGCGAGUGCGACUCCAGUGAGGACUCCGUGGAGCACAGCAUCGGCCCCUGCUCCUCCGUCCUGGACGUGGGUGGAGCAGUGACGGCCGUCAGUGUCUGCCCGCUGCUCAGCCUUUCCCAACGAUACGUUGUUGCAGUAGGAUUAGAGUGUGGAAAGGUUCGUUUAUACACCUGGAAAAAGACUGAUCAAGUUCCAGAAAUAAAUGACUGGACCCACUGUGUAGAAACAAGUCAAAGUCAAAGUCAUACACUUGCUAUCAAAAAAUUAUGCUGGAAGAAUUGUAAUGGAAAAACUGAACAGAGUGAAGCAGAAGGCGCCGAGUGGUUACACUUUGCAAGUUGUGGUGAAGAUCACACUGUGAAGAUCUACAGAGUUAACGGAUGUGCAUUGUGAUGGGCUUAAUAACCACGGACAUGUUGUCAUUGGUGUCUUAGGAUAUGUAUCCUGUAAAUAGAUGACUUUCUUCACCUUUAA